UUGUUCAAUGAAGAAGUACGUCUGAUAGGCGUCGACAUUCUUCUUUGAGCCAGUUUUUGGUUUUCUGGCUCAUUAUCGGCUGUUUUUCGUUUCAGUGGUGUUUUAAAUUUAAUUAUCAGCCAUGGCGCUCAGCGACGCAGAUGUUCAAAAGCAGAUCAAGCAUAUGAUGGCCUUCAUAGAACAAGAGGCCAAUGAAAAAGCGGAAGAAAUCGAUGCAAAGGCUGAAGAGGAGUUCAAUAUUGAAAAGGGCCGUCUGGUGCAGCAGCAGCGGCUCAAGAUCAUGGAAUACUAUGAAAAGAAAGAAAAACAAGUGGAACUCCAAAAAAAGAUCCAAUCAUCGAACAUGCUGAACCAAGCUCGUCUGAAAGUGCUCAAAGUACGUGAAGACCACGUACGCAACGUACUGGACGAGGCCCGCAAGCGCCUGGCUGUAGUACCACAGGACACAAAACUCUACUCAGAUCUGCUUGUUACACUCAUUGUCCAAGCUCUGUUCCAGCUUGUGGAGCCCGCAGUGACACUCCGCGUUCGACAAGCGGAUGUAAGCUUAGUACAAUCCCUCCUUUCUAAAGCCCAACAGGACUAUAAGGAGAAAAUAAAGAAAGAUGUUCAACUAAAGAUCGACAGUGAGAGCUUCCUGCCGGCUGACACCUGCGGCGGUGUGGAAUUGAUAGCUGCCAAAGGGCGUAUUAAGAUCAGCAACACACUGGAAUCACGUCUGGAGCUGAUCGCUCAGCAAUUGCUGCCGGAGAUUCGUACCGCACUAUUCGGUCGCAAUCCUAACCGUAAAUUCACCGAUUAAACGGUUAUCACACACAAACACUUGUUACUACUAACAUUAUAUUUAAUGAG